ACUCCACCUCAGUCCCACGACUCCCGCCUUUGGAGGGGCAGACGCUUCACGCCCCGCCUUCCCGAAGCCGCAGAGCCCGAUGGCCCCACCCCUCGAACACGCCCCCUUCGGGACCUCCUCCUCCGACACGCCCCUUUCCCACGCAACCGCACUCCCCCACGCCCCACGCCCCGCACAGCCCAUGAAGCAGAAGGACGAGUUUUGUGUCUUCCGCUUCUGCCUUCGUGUACUUGGGUCCAACCGAAGGCCACUGAUGGCACUGUUCUUGCUGGGGUCGAGGGUUUGGUUUCCCCUUUACAGUCUUUCCUCCUCUCAGACAUACCCACGGUCCUCCUACUUGAGUGACCUACUUAACUCGCCUUCCUCCGGAAGCUUUGUGAGGUCGGAACCUUUGUGCAGCCGGAACUAAAGUGCCAUGCGGUGCUGGCAGCCGGAAGGCUACAUAAAUAGAGGAAUACCAGCUUUCUGGCGGUCGAUCGGUGGAGUUCCGGUGAGAGUGUCGGCGAGCGAGCUCUUCAGCUUCAUUUCCUGAUAUGCACCGACCGAAUUUUCGACCCCCGACUCCUCCGUACCCCAGCCCGGGGAUAGGAGGCUGGGGUGGAGGAAGCAGCUUCCGGGGUGCCCUGGGCGGGGGGCCGCGGCCGCCCUCCCCGCGGGACGGGUACGGGAGUCCGCACCACACUCCACCGUGCGGGCCCCGGGCUAGGCCGUACGGGAGCAGCCACUCUCCGCGGCACGGCGGCAGCUUCUCGGGGGCCCGUUUCGGGUCUCCGUCCCCGGGCGGCUACCCAGGCUCCUACUCCAGGUCCCCCGCGGGGUCCCAGCAUCAGUUCGGCUACUCCCCAGGGCAGCAGCAGACCUACCCCCAGGGUUCUCCAAGGACAUCUACACCAUUUGGAUCAGGGCGUGGUAGAGAAAAAAGAAUGUCUAAUGAGUUGGAAAGUUAUUUUAAGCCUUCAAUGCUUGAAGACCCUUGGGCUGGCCUAGAACCAGUAUCUGUAGUGGAUAUAAGCCAACAGUACAGCAAUACGCAAACAUUCACAGGCAAAAAAGGAAGAUACUUUUCUUAACUUUUCUGAAAUUCAACUGGAAGCUUCAUGUGUCAGGAACAUCUUGGACAGAACUUUACACAACUUGUACUUGUAUAAAUGAGUUGAACCCAAAGAUGAUGACUUUGGAUAAUGAAUGAUUAGCAGACCCUUGGGACAUCUCUAACUUUGUCAAGUAUUGUUGAUGUUAGAGAAGAUAAUAGGAUCAUUUGCAGUAUUUAGCUAUCUGGGAGUAUGUACCACAUUCAGAAGACCAAUUUCCAUAUUUCACGUUUCUAAUAUAACACAUUUGUUUUUUUCAGCGGUUUAAAAUAAAACAUUUUUGUCUUCCUAGUUAAAUUGUGAUUUUGUAGAACUGCUAAAAUAAUGCUUCAUAAUCACUUAGAAUUUGAGGGUAAAUGUUUUGUAAACUAUUUUUUUAGUGAAAUAGAUAAGCUACUCAAGAUAGUUCUCUAUAUAUUAAUAGAAAAUUAUUCUACAUUCAUAUUUUACUUAGUAUUUUUGUUAAAAUAUUGAAACUUAAAAUCACUGGAAAUCACUCAACAUAAUUUAUAUGCCUUUAACUAGAAAAGGCAAGGAUAAAUCAUAUAUAUAAUGUAGGUCAGUGUCCUACCCAAUUUUCUCUAUAUUUUGAGCAUUGUAGAUUUAUUUUCUCUUGAAGCCAAAUGGUGUGUUGAUUUGCUGUCAUAAAUACGAGAUAAAAUGCCAGACAAAAACAAGGGAGGAAUUUUGGUUCAUAGUUUCUAAGGUUUCAGUGAAGGUCAGCUAGAUCCAUUAAUUUGAUCUUGAGGUGAGCCACAAUAUGGCUGUGGACGUGGCAGACACUGCUCACCCUUGGCAGCCAAGCAGCAGAAGGAUAGGAAGGAGUUAGGGAGAAGAGAAGCCUUUCCAGGGCACCUUUGCCUUCUACUUCCCAAUAAUACCAUCAUGUAAACCAUUAAGGUAUUAAUCCCCUGAUACAUAAAUACCCUGAUGGAUUGGACAAGUGGGGAGACCCUUCAUAUCCAUAUAUAACAAAUAACUAACAAUAAUCUCAAAUCACUUCCACAGCAAAGACAAAUACAUAUAUUUGAUUCCAUCAAUCCCAAAGAAGACAUAUGAAGCCAGUUAACUAUGACCUAGACAGUAAGGCCUAAUUACUUUGACUCAUGGACACAUUUCUAAUCUGAGGGAGGGUUUUAUGAACUUUAGCUCAGUUUGCCUACCUGGAGUAGUAGGGAAGGGAUGCUGUGUAUAUGUACCUAUAAUAAUGGAGAUAAAAUGUGGAGGAAUAUCCCCAGUUAUUUAAAAUCAAGUCUUGAACUGUACAGUCUUUUGAAAAAUUGGUCAACAUUCUCCAAAAGAAAAAUGAAAUGGCUAUUCCACCUAGUUGAGCCAUACCUAUUUGUUGAUAAAGUCUUAAAAAGGCAAAAAAAAAAAAAAAUACAAAA